GUCCGUUUUCCCGUAUGUCUGUGUUUGUACAGUAAUUGGUGACAUUUCUUGCCCGACACGUGCGGAAGUGUUCUCGUCUCGGCCCCAAGUAGACAGCCAAAGUCCUCCGUCUAGCAUUAGCUUCUGAAACGACGCAUUCGCUGGAGACGCCGGAACAUCUGGGCUCAGAGCGUGAGUUGAGUUACUUACCACCACUCUGUUCCCCUGGCUCAGGCUUUCACUAAGCCAGUUCAGUUCAGCACUGCCAUGGCCGACGUCCUCCCUUCCCACAGCCACGCAACCGCCUCAUCGGCAUCCUUGGGCCUCCCGACGCAUCCGUGGGAUCAUAUGGACGGCGGCGCGUUAAGCUCAGCCGAUGCCAUGGCGGCAAUAUCGGAGAGUGAGGUUCUGGAAGCGGGCGUGGAGGACGAGGAGAGCCGGCUGCUGUGGCAGAUCAUGAUGAUUGAAGAAGCGGGGAGAACGGCGGUCGCGCAGCGCGCGGAAGCCGCGGAACUGGCGGAGACGCUGGCGGGAGUUGAAGGGGGGGAGACAGCGGAAAUUUCAGAGGCGGCCAAACCCGCUGUAGCAACGGAACCGCCGGAAACGCGGCCAGCAAGAGUGGAAACGCCAGAAGAGGCGGAAACGUCAGAAGAGGCGAAAACGCCAGAAGAGGCGAAAACGCCAGAAGAGGCGAAAACGCCAGAAGAGGCGAAAACGCCAGAAGAGGCGAAAACGCCAGAAGAGGCGGAAACGUCUGACACGGUGGAAGCGAUGGAAUUCGCGGAGGGGGGCUCUUCGCGUGCGUCGUCCGCGGAGGAGACUGUAGCGGUUGAAGUAUCAGAGCACGCGGCGGAGAGCGCGGCGGAGCCAAGUGCGGCGGAGAGUGCGGCUAUCGUCACCUCUACCACCACCGCCACUACUAGCAGCACCGCCGCCACUACUGGCAGCACCUCCGCCACUACUGGCAGCACCGCCGCCACUAAUGCUCCAAGCAUGGACAGCGAGAACGCCGGAAGCAGCAGCGGCAGCGGCGGCGGCAGCGGCAGCGGCGGCAUCCGCAGGAGCACGAGCGCAGGAGGGCUUUUCUCCCUCCUUUCCGCAACCGGCACCACCCCAACCAGCAACACGCCUGACUCUAACACCCCGACCAGUAGCACCACCGCUGCGCCACACAAGGACAAGGCGCGCGGAUCCAACAGCGGCAGCAUCAGCAAAAGCACCAGCACGGGCGCGCUCUCGUCCCUCGUUUCCGCGCGCUCCUUUCGCCUCCGCGGAAAACACUCGGGCGGAGGGUCGUCGGGCGGCGGAGGGCUGCCUUUCCUCCCAGCGCUCACCGUCCCCGACUCCCCCUCCGCCGACCACGGCCCGCUCUCCUGCUCCUCCCUUCCCCCCGCUGGCGCCACUACCCCCAACGGGAGCGCCGCCCCCCCGCUCACGCCCUCCCGUCGCUUCGCCAGGUGGUUCUCGCUAAAAACGGAUAAGGGGGCGGCCUCUAGCGGGGAUAGCAGUUCUGCUGCUGCUGCCAAGUCUGCGGCGCAGUUUCUUUCGACCAAGCCUGCGAGUGCAGGGCUCGGCUCGGCUGCUGUGUCUGACUCGUGUGGAGCUGUGUCUCUGGGUGUGGACGGGCCUAUUGCUGAGUGCGAGAGUGAGGAGGGGAGGAGUGGGGGGAGUGCGGCGGAAGGGGGGAGUGCGGAAGGGAAGGGCGCACGGGAUGCUGGAAGCAAGUCCAAGGACGCAUCGUCGUCUGGGUUUGUUUCGCCAACGAAGCGCAUGGUUCCCUUGCGCAGGAUAAUGUCGUUGAAGUGACAGGAUUGUUUAUAUGGUGUGAUGCCAGCACCUCGUUAGUCAGGUCCAUAACCACACCGUGUUUGCCGGGAUGAUGUAGACCAGUCGCCAAACUUGCUGUUGUGGUGUUUCUUUUUGGUUGAUAACGCUUGAAUAGGGUCCUGCUCAUGUGUGUAUAAGUAGCCUUUUAUACGUGUUUUUGGAUGUAACAUAGUA